AAAUAAAAAAGAAGAACUUGCAAAGUCAGUGGGAAUAUUCCAGCUGUUCCACUAUGCUGAUACUUUGGAUAUCAUAUUGAUGAUAAUAGGUUUAGUCUGCUCUGCAGCACAUGGCGUUGCACUACGGAUUAUGAUCGUUGUGUUUGGACAAAUGACUGAUAGCUUUGUCAGCAGUGGCAUACAAGUAAAUAUCACAGUAAACUCCACACUGAAUGCAAGUAGCUCAGACUGCCCUCAACUGACUGGGAUGAAAAUUCAAGCAGCUAUGACAAGAAAUGCAUAUUAUUUCAUCACCAUUGGAUUGUUUGUGUUAAUUCUUGCUACAAUUCAGGUAGCAACAUUUCUGCUGAGCUCUUCAAGACAGACACAAAGGAUCCGUGAAAAAUUCUUGUAUGCAGUUCUUCAUCAACACAUGGGCUGGUUUGAUGUACAUGAGUUAGGAACAUUAAACACAAGACUGACUGAUGAUGUUAAUAAAAUAAAAGAAGGCCUUGGAGACAAAAUCUGUAUCUUUCUUCAGUUCUUCUGUACCUUCAUAUCAGGGAUAAUCAUAGGAUUUGUCUAUGGAUGGAAGCUUACAUUGGUUAUUUUGUCGGUCAGCCCUCUCAUUGGAGUAUCAGCAGCUGUGUGGUCAAAGAUUCUGGCCACUUUGACUUCAAAAGAACUAACAUCCUAUGCAAAGGCAGGUGCAAUCGCUGAAGAAGCUCUGGUUGCAAUACGAACUGUUGUUGCUUUUAAUGGACAACAAAAAGCUUCAGAAAAAUAUGAUGCAAAUUUAGUAGAAGCAAAACAGCUUGGAGUGAAAAAAUCCAUCACAACAAAUGUAUCACUUGGAUUGUCACAGUUCUUUAUUUUUUGUGCUUAUGCUCUGGCAUUCUGGUAUGGGACAAAGCUUGCCAUUGAAGAACCUGAAAAUUAUUCUAUUGGGAAAGUAUUUAUUGUGUUCUUUUCUGUGCUCUCUGGGACAUUUUCACUGGGUCAGGCUGCACCCAAUUUAGAAAGCAUUGCAAGUGCUCGUGGAGCUGCAUAUGAAGUCUACAAAACAAUCGAUGAGCCACGGCCAAUAGACAGCAGUUCUAAAGAAGGACACAAACCAGAUCGGAUAAAAGGUGACAUUGAAUUCAAGAAUAUUCAUUUUAGCUAUCCAACAAGGCCUGAUGUAAAGAGUAUGAAAAGCAAAGAUGAAGAUGACGAGUAUGAGUCUGAUGAGAUGGGUGAAACAGAAGAUGAACUAGAAGUCCUUGAAAAUGAGAAUGCUGGUGAUUCUGAAAUUAAAAGCACAAGAAGUCUCAGCAGGAGAUCGAUACGACGGCGUUCAACAACUAGAGGUUCCAGACGAUCAAUAAAGAAGAAACAAAAGGAGGGAGAGGAAGAGGAAAAUCUCCCUGAGGCAUCACUUUGUAGAAUAUUAUCUCUAAAUAAAAAAUUGUGGCCCUACAUAAUUGUUGGACUGCUGGCUUCUGUAAUUGAUGGAGGCGUGUAUCCAAGUUUUGGGAUAAUAUUUGCAAAGAUUAUUGGAGUGUUUGCUGAGACUGAUCCUGUGGUAAGGAGUCAAAAAACAACAAUGUUUUCGCUCCUAUUUCUGCUACUUGGUGCAAUUUUCUUAGUGGUAAUUUCCUUGCAGACUCGCACCCUUAAUGUCAAAUGGCUAAGGGAGAAUAUUGGCAUAGUAAGUCAAGAACCAGUGCUUUUUGCCACAACCAUUGCAGAAAAUAUACGAUAUGGCAGAGAAGAUGCAACAGAUGCAGAAAUUGAGCAAGCAAUUAAAGAGGCCAAUGCCUAUGAUUUUAUAUCUAGGCUUCCUGAUGGCUUAAAUACCAUGGUUGGGGAAAAAGGGGCACAGCUAAGUGGAGGACAGAAGCAGAGGAUUGCCAUUGCUCGGGCUAUUGUCAAGAAUCCAAAGAUUCUGCUCUUGGAUGAAGCAACCUCAGCCCUCGAUAAUCAGAGUGAAUAUAUUGUCCAGACAGCUUUAGAUAAGGCAAGAGCUGGUCGCACUACAAUUGUUAUUGCUCAUCGAUUAUCUACAAUCAGAACAGCUGAUAUUAUUGCUGGGUUUCAAAAUGGAGUUGUUUGUGAGCAAGGAACCCACAGUGAGCUAAUGGAAAAAAAAGGAUUAUACUACUCCCUUGUCAUGCAGCAGAGUAUGAAAAGCAAAGAUGAAGAUAACGAGUAUGAGUCUGAUGAGAUGGGUGAAACAGAAGAUGAACUAGAAGUUCUUGAAAAUGAGAAUGCUGGUGAUUCUGAAAUUAAAAGCACAAGAAGUCUCAGCAGGAGAUCGAUACGACGGCGUUCAACAACUAGAGGUUCCAGACGAUCAAUAAAGAAGAAACAAAAGGAGGGAGAGGAAGAGGAAAAUCUCCCUGAGGCAUCACUUUGUAGAAUAUUAUCUCUAAAUAAAAAAUUGUGGCCCUACAUAAUUGUUGGACUGCUGGCUUCUGUAAUUGAUGGAGGCAUGUAUCCAUGUUUUGGGAUAAUAUUUGCAAAGAUUAUUGGAGUGUUUGGUGAGACUGAUACUGUAGUAAGGAGUCAAAAAACAACAAUGUUUUCGCUCCUAUUUCUGCUACUUGGUGCAAUUUUCUUAGUGGUAAUGUCCUUGCAGGGAUACACAUUUGGAGUGUCUGGUGAGACUCUGACUUUGAAACUGAGAUCACUUUCUUUUAAAGCAAUAUUGAGACAAGAGAUCAGUUUUUUUGAUGAUCAUAAGAAUAGUGUCGGUGUUUUGAUAACAAGACUUGCAACUGAUGCCUCUCUUGCCAAAGGGGGUGGUGGUGCAAGACUUGGACUACUUACUAAAUGUAUCUGUACUCUCUUAGUUGCUGUAAUCAUCGCAUUUGUAUUUAGCUGGCAGUUAACUCUCCUUAUCUUAGCCUGCAUUCCAUUUCUUGUUGGAGCCAACUUCAUUCGAAUGAAAUCUGUGGCUGGCCAUGCUUCCAAGAAUCAAAGUGCUCUAGAAGCCUCUGGAAAGAUUUCCACAGAAACUGUUGAAAAUAUUAGAACUGUUGUGUCAUUAACAUGUGAAGAAAUAUUUUUCAAUAUGUACUGCAAAAGUCUAAGAGGUCCAUACAGGGCAGAACUAUAUAAAUCGCUACUUUAUGGUUUAACUUAUGCUAUUGACCAGUCAAUUAACUUUUUUGUAAAUGCUGCAGUUUUCCGAUUAGGAUCAUGGCUUAUUGCACAUUGCCAAACACAAUUUGAAAAUGUGUAUAUGAAGAAAAAUAAAAAAGAAGAACUUGCAAAGUCAGUGGGAAUAUUCCAGCUGUUCCACUAUGCUGAUACUUUGGAUAUCAUAUUGAUGAUAAUAGGUUUAGUCUGCUCUGCAGCACAUGGCGUUGCACUACCGAUUAUGAUCGUUGUGUUUGGACAAAUGACUGAUAGCUUUGUCAGCAGUGGCAUACAAGUAAAUAUCACAGUAAACUCCACACUGAAUGCAAGUAGCCCAGACUGCCCUCAACUGACUGGGAUGAAAAUUCAAGCAGCUAUGACAAGAAAUGCAUAUUAUUUCAUCACCAUUGGAUUGUUUGUGUUAAUUCUUGCUACAAUUCAGGUAGCAACAUUUCUGCUGAGCUCUUCAAGACAGACACAAAGGAUCCGUGAAAAAUUCUUUUAUGCAGUUCUUCAUCAACACAUGGGCUGGUUUGAUGUACAUGAGUUAGGAACAUUAAACACAAGACUGACUGAUGAUGUUAAUAAAAUAAAAGAAGGCCUUGGAGACAAAAUCUGUAUCUUUCUUCAGUUCUUCUGUACCUUCAUAUCAGGGAUUAUCAUUGGAUUUGUUUAUGGAUGGAAGCUUACAUUGGUUAUUUUGUCGGUCAGCCCUCUCAUUGGAGUAUCAGCAGCUGUGUGGUCAAAGAUUCUGGCCACUUUGACUUCAAAAGAACUAACAUCCUAUGCAAAGGCAGGUGCAAUCGCUGAAGAAGCUCUGGUUGCAAUACGAACUGUUGUUGCUUUUAAUGGACAACAAAAAGCUUCAGAAAAAUAUGAUGCAAAUUUAGUAGAAGCAAAACAGCUUGGAGUGAAAAAAUCCAUCACAACAAAUGUAUCACUUGGAUUGUCACAGUUCUUUAUUUUUUGUGCUUAUGCUCUGGCAUUCUGGUAUGGGACAAAGCUUGCCAUUGAAGAACCUGAAAAUUAUUCUAUUGGGAAAGUAUUUAUUGUGUUCUUUUCUGUGCUCUCUGGGACAUUUUCACUGGGUCAGGCUGCACCCAAUUUAGAAAGCAUUGCAAGUGCUCGUGGAGCUGCAUAUGAAGUCUACAAAACAAUCGAUGAGCCACGGCCAAUAGACAGCAGUUCUAAAGAAGGACACAAACCAGAUCGGAUAAAAGGUGACAUUGAAUUCAAGAAUAUUCAUUUUAGCUAUCCAACAAGGCCUGAUGUAAAGAUUUUGCAGGGAUUGAAUCUGAAAGUGCAAAGUGGAACAACAAUUGCCUUGAUUGGAGCCAGUGGCUGUGGAAAAAGUACAACAAUUCAACUUCUACAACGAUUCUAUGACCCUCUAGGUGGAGAAAUUACUCUUGAUGGACUAGACAUUCGUACCCUUAAUGUCAAAUGGCUAAGGGAGAAUAUUGGCAUAGUAAGUCAAGAACCAGUGCUUUUUGCCACAACUAUUGCAGAAAAUAUACGAUAUGGCAGAGAAGAUGCAACAGAUGCAGAAAUUGACCAAGCAAUUAAAGAGGCCAAUGCCUAUGAUUUUAUAUCUAGGCUUCCUGAUGGCUUAAACACCAUGGUUGGGGAAAAAGGGGCACAGCUAAGUGGAGGACAGAAGCAGAGGAUUGCCAUUGCUCGGGCUAUUGUCAAGAAUCCAAAGAUUCUUCUCUUGGAUGAAGCAACCUCAGCCCUCGAUAAUCAGAGUGAAUAUAUUGUCCAGACAGCUUUAGAUAAGGCAAGAGCUGGUCGGACUACAAUUGUUAUUGCUCAUCGAUUAUCUACAAUCAGAACAGCUGAUAUUAUUGCUGGGUUUCAAAAUGGAGUUGUUUGUGAGCAAGGAACCCACAGUGAGCUAAUGGAAAAAAAAGGAUUAUACUACUCCCUUGUCAUGCAGCAGAGUAUGAAAAGCAAAGAUGAAGAUAACGAGUAUGAGUCUGAUGAGAUGGGUGAAACAGAAGAUAAACUAGAAGUACUUGAAAAUGAGAAUGCUGGAGAUUCUGAAAUUAAAAGCACAAGAAGUCUCAGCAGGAGAUCGAGACGACGGCGAUCUACAGCUAGACGUUCCAGACGAUCAAUAAAGAAGAAACAAAAGGAGGGAGAAGUGCAAAUGCUUUUUAAAAGCAUUCAAAUGAGUGAAGAGGAAAAUCUCCCUGAGGCAUCACUUUGUAGAAUAUUAUCUCUAAAUAAAAAAGUGUGGCCCUACAUAAUUGUUGGACUGCUGGCUUCUUUAAUUGAUGGAGUCGUGUAUCCAUGUUUUGGGAUAAUAUUUGCAAAGAUUAUUGGAGUGUUUGCUGAGACUGAUCCUGUGGUAAAGAGUCAAAAAACAAUCAUGUUUUCACUCCUAUUUCUGCUACUUGGUGCAAUUUUAUUAGUGGUAAUGUCCUUGCAGGGAUACACAUUUGGAGUGUCUGGUGAGACUCUCACUUUAAAACUGAGAUCACUUUCUUUUAAAGCAAUAUUGAGACAAGAGAUCAGUUUUUUUGAUGAUCAUAAGAAUAGUGUGGGUGUUUUGAUAACAAGACUUGCAACUGAUGCCUCUCUUGCCAAAGGGGGUGGUGGUGCAAGACUUGGGCUACUUACUAAAUGUAUCUGUACUCUCUUAGUUGCUGUAAUCAUCGCAUUUGUAUUUAGCUGGCAGUUAACUCUCCUUAUCUUAGCCUGCAUUCCAUUUCUUGUUGGAGCCAACUUCAUUCGAAUGAAAUCUGUGGCUGGCCAUGCUUCCAAGGAUCAAAGUGCUCUAGAAGCCUCUGGAAAGAUUUCCACAGAAACUGUUGAAAAUAUUAGAACUGUUGUGUCAUUAACACGUGAAGAAAUAUUUUUCAAUAUGUACUGCAAAAGUCUAAGAGGUCCAUACAGGGCAGAACUAUAUAAAUCGCCACUUUAUGGUCUAACUUAUGCUAUUGGCCAGUCAAUUAAAUUUUUUGUAAAUGCUGCAGUUUUCCGAUUAGGAUCAUGGCUUAUUGCACAUUGCCAAACACAAUUUGAAAAUGUGUAUAUAUCUUUCUCUGUAAUUAUAUUUGCGGCAAUGCAUGUUGGACGGUCAUCAUCUUCUGCACCAGAUUUUGCUAAAGCUACAGUAUCAGCCCAGAGAAUUUUUGCUCUACUAGAGAAGAAGCCAAAGAUUGACAUAUAUAGUACUGAAGGUCUAAAACUGGAUCAUUUUGAUGGCAACAUUGAAUUCCAAGAUGUCCAUUUUGCUUACCCUACUAGAAAAAAAGUGCAGGUGUUGCAAGGACUUAAUGUGAAGGUUUCCAAAGGACAAACACUUGCACUGGUGGGAAGUAGUGGAUGUGGGAAAAGCACUUCUGUUCAGCUUCUUGAAAGAUUUUAUGAUCCAAUAAAUGGACACGUGCUUGUAGAUGGAAAUGACAUUACAUCUUUGAACCUUGCUUGGUUACGAUCCCAAAUAGGCAUAGUUUCCCAAGAACCCAUUCUGUUUGAUACAUCUAUUGCUGAAAAUAUUAGGUAA